AAAUGGUAUUUUUGUUUGUAUUUUGUCCGCGUUUCUUCUUUGACAUCUUCAUCUCCAAAAUGGCAAGCAGCCAUGGCAUCUCUCCACACUAGGCAGGCUCUUGGAAGCGCCUCUCGAACGAUGGAACAAUGCGGUCGCUAACUCUACCAUAAUCACAAACGAUUUCCGAUGAAAAAGAUGACAAACUACAAUGAUACGCGAAACAACGAUUGGUGUAAGAUGGCCAUGCCCUGAUAUACACCACAACGAAACAAAUCACCCAGAUGCUAUUCCAGAGUUAACAUACGCUAGUCGCCAGUCUCCAUGUCGAUCCAUGAGCAGCCAUCGCCCGGCUACAGCGGUCGCACCCCUCUGCACCGGCCGACCUAACGCUAUUAGUGCGCGACCCUUCCACACAACCAUAAAUUUAAGCUGGCAUUAAGUGUUGGGCGUUAAAUUUCCCCCAGUUUUCCGCCACGUCUCCCCACUGUCUCUGCUGGGUUGGCCGACCGGCCGGCAGGGGAGCUGCAUCAUCCACAUACGUGUGGUGUCUUUAUCCCGUCGCUCCAAAAUAGGCGUCAACGGUGAUCCAUGGUCUGCUUCAGCAUCGUUGAAGACCAACACAUUCAUUCAUCUGAUAGAAGAGAAACGAUGUAUGCAACAGCGAAAUGUUCAAAAAACAAGAGCCUCCGUCCUCCUAAAUUGGAUAUGACGCCCGAUGCACGAGUAAUAUGACCGAGGCUGAACAAACGAACGUGAAAUGAGUCCACACCAGCCGUCAGACCCACGGAUUCUCACUGGUCCGCCGGUCUAUUGCAACCGGAAUCCACUUAGGAGGCGUCUGAAGGCUGCAUGGCGCCCAACACCGUUAGUCCUCCGCCGUCUGGUGUGGGCGUGGGUGUGCAGACCUUGGGGACACAGAAACACCCAGAGCCUGAUGGUUGCAUAUGUUGGUGCUCCUUUUUCUGUGGGAAUGAAUGCACGCCUGCUUAAUUUGAUUUUGUCAUCUACAGUACGGAUACUUUGUCGCAUUUCAUCCCUUUUCAUCGCAUCGCUAUAUUCUGUGGCAAUUUGAGGUUUGGCUGUCGAUCCCCGUUGCCCUUCAAUGUUCCCGUCGCAUUCCCAUCACAACUGAGACGCUAGACCCCCGCGGCGUGUUGUCACCAUGGGUGUUUGGGGGGUUCUAGAAAAGUCGUCGCGACUUGGGCUGCGACACUUGAACCAACGGCGCAAUAGAGUUGCUGCUGUUGUUUUCUUUGUUAUUCUUUUUAGUCUUUUUCAAAGCACAACUUUAAUAGAUCGUCGUAAAGUCGAAUUACCACAGAUCCCCUACGCUGAAGCGAAGCCCGAAGACUUUACCCCAGCGACACAGACCAGCAAGUUUAAUCCGGUCGUUUUGAACGGAGGUCAGAAGACAACAAAGGAGCUUUGCGAUACAUUCCCACGCCAUAUCGCCCGUCGUAUACAACCAGUUCUCAGAAUUGGCCACGCUGACGUGGGCGGUGCCACACUCAAGGGACAGUUUGAAAGCUCCAGCGCCUGCUUUACGUCAAGCGAGCUGCUCGUCUUUUCUGACUGGGAAGAUGAGGUCUACGGCCAUAAAUCCAUCGAUGUUCUGGCUAGGGUGUCCAGCUGGUACUACAAUUCGAAGCGGUUUAGGCACUGGAAGAUUUACGAUGCCAUGAAGGCCGCAGAUGCAAAAGGUCAAUUAGCGAAGGCGAUGAAGGAGAAACGAUUCGACGGGUGGAAGAUUGACAAAUUCAAGUUCUUACCUAGCAUCGAACAAGCUUGGAAAUUAAAGCCUAACAAAGACUUUUAUGUCUUUUAUGAGACAGAUACAUAUGUUUUUUGGGACAACAUGUAUCGGUACCUCGAGACUUUAGAUCCAGACUCCAAAAUAUACAUGGGAUCCCCUUCCCCCGGCCGACGCGACCCGCACCGUAAAGGUCAGAAAAUAUGGUUUGCCAAUGGUGGACCAGGCUACAUUCUCAGUCGUGGCGCGAUGAAGGCACUGCUCGGAGGCCGCACAUCCAUGGUUCGAAAUCCGAUAAGCAGCAAGUAUAGCCAAUUGCUUAAUGAUGACGAAUGCUGUGGUGAUAGCGUCCUUGGAUGGGUGCUGUGGGAGGCCGGUGUCCAGCUACAGGGCAUAUGGCCCAUGUUCACGCCGUACUCUGCCAACGAGAUCCCCUACAUCGAGAAGGUCUGGUGUUAUCCAAUUUUGACGCUACACAAGACUAUACCAGAGGAUAUGGGCGACUUAUUCAACUGGGAGUUUGCCAAUCGGAACGAAUCCCGUCCUCUUCUUUAUUCCGACACGUGGGACUUUUACAAGCCCGGAAGUGUGGCGCGCAAACCCAAUUGGUUUGGUGGCCAUCGUGGCCAUUUUGAUCCGAAAAAAGGAGUCAAAGUGAAAUCUGCGGACGAAUGCCAAGCAGCCUGUAUAAGCGAAGAGCGGUGCUUACAAUGGACGUGGCAGGAUCUUGGGUUUCAGCGCUGCAUUCUUAUGGAUAUCAUUGUUUACGGUAACGAUGCACCAGAGGCCGUCGAAAAGCACGGCUUCUUCAAGAAGCGAGUCAACUAUACAACAGGUUGGAUUCAAGACCGCAACAAGCGAGUACGGGAUGGCCUGACUUGUGGCCCGGCGAAAUGGACUGGACCAAGCAUGACGCGCAUAUAUUAACAUACGGAACAUAUAAAAUACCCAGGGAGGCAACUUUGACUAAACAUUGGCACGGCGCACUUAUUCAAUUAUACAACAAUAUCAAAUAACUUUUCGACGUCUUUACACACGUCCAGCUUCUCAGUAUGUGUACCUAAAGUACGGGUUUUCUUUAUCGGUAAGGUCCUGGAAUGCGAACUUGGCCCACUCUGCCUCGUCUACUAGGACAAGGUCCUUUUGCGCGUUAGCUCGGCGCAGGACGGCAUACAACGCUACAGAUGCCGCAAUACAUAUGCAGUAGCAAAUGAUGAGCCCAGACCAUAGGGCAGGAUAGUGCUGUGCCUUUGUUUCUGACCACACCAAUUGCGGCCCAAUAAUAUUACCAACACAGUAAGCGAUAAAGGUAGUGGCAGACAUGAAGCUCUUCUUGGUGUUGCCCGCGACGUUUGACAUGGCAACUGUGAUGAUCAGAACGGCUGUUCCACCAAAACAGCCGGUGAGGGUGUAUCCAACCACUGGUGUCGCAGCGUGGUAAGUCCACUCGCUCUUCCAGAUCAUAGCGCAACCGGCGAUGACAGGUAAACAGGUCAGAAUCAGCAUGAGGAUGCGAAUAUUCUUGUAGUGAGAGCCAAGAUAUCCCACAAUAAGAAUAGUGAAAAAGCACAGCGCGCCAAGUGGAAACUGCAAGAGAAUUGACUGGAGACUGUUCCAGCCAAACGUUGAUACGAUCAGCGGGCCGAAUCCACUGACUGCACCAUUCAUACAAUAAGUUGAUGCCAUCAUGAUGAAGAUGAGCCACAUCUUGAUAUCCAGGAUCGACUCCUUGACCUGCGACCACUUGAACUGUGAGCAAUGAACGCCCGUCUGGCCGCGUCGCAGACGCUCAACAGCCGUCUCCCGCUCCUCUUUCGACAGGAACCAAGCGGUAACAGGCGACGUGGGCACAAAGUAGCAGAAGACACCAAAGAUUAAGGUCAAAGCGCCGGCCAGUAGGUAGAUGUACUGCCAUCGUUUCAAGCCGCCGCCCUGGAUCUGCGCAAAACCAUAGUUGAGCGCGCCACCAAUAACGGUAAAAGACCCCGUGGCGCUGAACCACCAACUCUGGCGCAGGGCCUGUUCCUCCUGUGUAUAGUACCCGGAAACAAUGCACAUGAAUGCUGUGGGGAUGAUGCUUUCGAGGAAUCCCAGGAAGAAGCGCUGGAUGUAUAGACCCUGGUACGAGGUGACUGCAGCCGUGAGCAUGCAAGUGCCAGCCCAGAUCACAACGACAGUUCCAAGAACACGACCAACAGGGAGCCGCUGGAGGAUGAAUGUCAAGGGAUAGAGUCCAGCAAGCAUGCCGAAGUAAAACAGCGAUGUGGCCCAGCUCAGGCGCCGCGACGACGGGUUAGGCGGCGGUGUGAUGAGCUCGAGGUCCUGCGUCAUACCAAAGAGGGCUGCGCCGCCGAGGAUUGCCUUGUCGUAGUAUACAAGGCCAUCUAGCACAUGUUAGCGAUGAUCGUGUCAAUUGGGUAGACGAAAAAAAGACUUGCAUCCUACAAUCAUAGCAGGCAUGAAGAACAAAUCCAGCUUGCGCAGAACACGCUUGGCCACCACGGGAUCAAUUGGUCGCUCCUGAUCGCCAGCAAGGGCAAUUGCCUCAUCCGCCUCCUUGUUUCUGACCAUUUUUUAUGUUCCGGUCAAUCGAACAGAUGAUAAUGCAGCCUAACAAACUCGGGGCGAAAUGCAAUGGAAUGCGCGAUUAUCGCCAGAUCAGAUGGUUUUGCAAAAGAUCAGAUUGCGGCAGUUGCAACGCAAAAAUGAUCUUCACAACGCAUGCAUGCAAGCAAGUACAAAAAAAAAGAAGCGCUCUUUUUGGCUAAAAUUGCGAACGCCAGCCAGCGCACGCAGAGAUAGCGCGACAUCGGGCCAACGGUGCGGCUUGUUGGGAACGCAAGCGGGUCACGGCCAGUGGCGGCACAUGCAAUGCAAUGCAAUAUAUCUUUUUAUUAAUUAUUUAUCUUUUUGGGGGUUAUCUAAAUAUCGCGGGAUGGAAAGAGUACCUGCCAUGCAGAUCCUAAACAGAAAGAACGCAAAUUGACGCCAAAGUAUGUGGAUGGUGUGAUGUUACAAAUUGGUUUUCGUCGCGUGCUGCCGACAGUGCGACAACGGAUGGCUGCAGGAAACUUUACAGCUUGGAGGGGGCCUCGUUGGUGUUCUUGAUCUCAACAAGGAGCUUGCCAGAGUUGAUACCCUUGUAGAGAUCGACAAGGCCCUGUUCGGCAACCUUGAGGCCACCAGUAAGGACGUGCUCAGUCUUCUUGAGCUUGCCCUCCUUGAUCCAGCCAGAGAGCUCGCGACGGGCCUGGACGAACAUCUUGGCGUGGUCGAAGAUGAUGAAGCCCUGCAUCUUGAUGCGCAUGGUGAUGACACGGCCAAUGUUGCGGGGGCCGAUGGGCUUGUCGGUGUUGUACUGGCUAAUCAUGCCGCACAUGACGAAGCGAGCAUGCUCCUUGGCCUGCUUGAGGGCAAGCUCGAGAGUCUCGCCACCGACGUUGUCAAAGUAGACAUCGAUGAAGCCCUUGGUGGCCUCGGUGAACUUGCGCGCAUAGUCGGCGUCCUUGUAGUUGAGGGCAGCGUCAAGACCGAGCUCGUCAACGAGCCACUUGGCCUUGUCGUCAGAGCCGCAGAUACCGACGACACGGGCACCCUUGAGCUUGGCAAUCUGAGCGGCAACACUGCCGGUAGCACCAGCAGCGCCGGAAACAACGACGAGCUCACCAGGCUUGGGGUCGCCAAUCUGGGUCAUGCCGUACCAGGCAGUCAGGCCAGUCAUGCCGAGAGCAGAGAGGAUGUCCUUGGGGUCCUGGAGACCAGGGUAUGCGUCGGCUGUGGUGAACUUGCCGUCGCGGAGGAUGGCGUACUCGGUCCAGCCGAGAUCCGAGUAGACGUAGUCGCCAACCUUGGCCUUUUCGGACUUGGAGGCGAGGACGCGGCAAGCAGAGGCGCCGCGCAUGACUUCGCCAAUGGCGACGGGGGGAACGUACGAGCGGACAU